AUGGAGAAAGAAAUAGAAUUACUUGAAAAUGUUGAGCUUCGUUUUGCACUGGCAGAGACUGACGCUCAAUUAGAAAAAACAUUAACAAUUUUUUUGAGUCCUGUCUUAAUAAAGUUGGGUAGUCCUCAUGAAGCUGUACGUUCAAAGGUUAUGAAUGUAUUGUCACACAUCAAUAAGCGAAUUCGUUCUAAAACCAAUAUUAAACUUCCAUUGACUCCACUCAUUGAUCUUGUUUGUACUGAAAAUGUUACUAAAUCACCUUUUGUUAAGAAUUUCGCUAUCAUGUAUCUUGAGAUGGCUUAUGAACGUUUAACAGAAGAGGAUCAAAUUACUCAUCUGCCAUCAUUAAUUGAGAAUAUUUCUUUAAAACCUUCUGCCCAAAAACAAACAUUGAUUCAUAUAAUUCUUAGCGUUUUACAAAAAUUUAAACCUAAACCAGCAAAUUCACCAUCUGCAUUAGAUCCAUAUAAUUUUAAAUCACAUCCCAAUGAUGCUAAAUUCUUGUUAAAAUUCAUUAAUUCAUCGAUGAUUUUUCCGGAUUCAUUACCUGAGAAUAUUCAAUUUGCUAAAUUUUUAAUAUUAUUGGUGGCCACGUGUGAUUCCUCACAUGAGGUAGUUGGUGGUGGUGAAGAUGGUUUAAGAAAAUUGAAACCACCAAAUUUAGAAAAUAAAGAGGUAGUGGAUGGAUUAUAUUUUUUACAUCAAGGAAGUAAUCCAUCAUCAGAAACAUUUAGAGAACCAGCAUCACCAACCCUUAAAUUUAAAAUUAUGAAUUACCUUUGUAAAUCCCAAUUAGCCACAAAUACUUUUCCUGCCAUGUUACAAGUUUCAUUUGAUUGUUUGUAUGGAAUGUCAUUUGUUCAAUGGAUUGCAAGAAUGGCUGAUGCAUCAAAGAUAAGACCAAUUACUCAAGUACUUUUGUCUGGUUUAUUGAAAUAUAUAAAUGAAGCUAUCAGUUUAUUGGCCCAAAAAGUUCCUGAAGUAUUUCAUAAAGAUCUUUCAAUACUUUCUAGAUUUUUUUCUGCAUUAUCAUUGGAGAAUGAAAAUAUCAGAAUUUCAGUUCAAGAAGCAUUAUCAAACAUGAUAGAAGUAUAUAAACUAGAUAUGAUAAAUAAUAAUCCGGAAAAUAUAAAGAUUAUUGAAAGCAUUUUAGAAGAAAAUAUUGAUAAGGUAUGA